AUGGCAUCCGCAACUCACAUAAUUCAGAAGCUGCAGAACUGGGUGUCUGGGCAAGACGUGCGGGUGAAGCUGCAGCUGUGCUACCAGGAGAUCGCCAGGCGGACCCAGCCACCUCCUAAGCUCCCUGUGGGCCUGAGUCACAAGCUGUCCAACAAUUACUACUGUACUCGUGAUGGCUGCUGGGAAGUUGUGCCUCCUUUAAUCAUCAUGUCUUCACAAAAGGCCCUGGUGUUAGGCAAGACAGCUGAGAGCUCUGCUGUUGAAGCCACCGAGAAAAAGGCAGUGACACUUGCUCCUCCCUUACAGAGGUGGGAGCUAUUGAAGGACCAGCCAUACCUGUGACCCUGCCCUAGGCUACCUUGCCUUGUCCCUGG